AUGACAAUCCUGCCAACUCCCCAGACUCUGAGCCUGGAACAAUCAGAUCUCAAGGAAAAACACGAUGACUUAAUGCCAACUGCUUUCCCUGUCCUGCCAGAUGAAUCCUACUGCGUCCACGCAACUAAAAGAUACACUGCAUGUAUUCCCCUCACACCGGUCCAGGGAGAAACAGUGUCUACAUCGUCUAUCAUACAGCUUGCAUGGGCGCUUGUCAUUUCCGCUUAUACGGGCGCAAGUGAUGCCAUAUUCGGUCUAAGCGACUGCAGAUCCUCCAAGGGAACUACUUCGGUCUGUCCCUUUCGGGUCACAAUCAAACCGGAAGAUUCGGUAGAUGAAACGUUGAAAUUUCUGGAGGGGCUCACGCGCACAGCUUCCCUGUGUCAGGAUGAAUUGAGCCCUGCAAAAUCGACCCGGUUUCCAAAUAUACUAGUCCUCCGGCAAAAUCAUUGUGGCACAUCAAGCCCGAAGGCUACGACACGAUUGCCGGACAGCAUUCCUUCUACCUGUCCUUUAUCGCUGACGGGCGGGAUCGAGGAUAAUGCAUAUCAUAUGGUUCUCGAUUUCGACCCAGAGGUCAUGUCGUCGGCCAUGGCGCAAAUGGUGCUGGCCCAGCUGGUGCAUGUCCUGAGCUGCGUCCAAUCCAAUAGGACUAGAAGCCUGAAGAGUCUCCUCAAACUUAAUCCCAAUGGUCUUGAACGGGUCAAAUCUUGGAAUUCCCGUGUUCAUCCGUGCAUGAAAGAGUUGUGCGUCCACGAUGUGAUUUCUCAGAGAUGCCAGGAAACCCCGUCGGCCCCUGCCGUAUGCGCGUGGGAUGGAAACCUGGAUUAUUCGCAGCUUGACAAGUUGGCAAACCACCUGGCUUCCCGCCUUGUUUCGCUCAUACCGGGCUCUGAGCAAUUCAUCGGCGUGCUCUCGGAAAAGUCUAUGUGGACUGCUGUUUCCAUCCUGGCUGUGAUGAAAUCCGGGAAUGCGUUUUUCCUUUUGGAUCCGUCCUUGCCUCAUCAACGCCUCGAAUCCCUUUGCCGGAUCUCCCAAGCCGCAAUGGUCCUAGUCUCACCAGCGCAAAUUGCACGAGCCCGUGAGCUACAACCUCCGGCUCUGGUUAUCCAGGAUGAGUGCCUGGAUCCUAUACAAUCAUCGUCGAAACCCCUUCCUGCUGUUAGUCCCCACCAUCCAGUCUAUCUGGCAUUCACAUCUGGGUCUAGCGGCGAGCCUAAAGGAGUGGUGAUCGAACAUGCUUCAGUGUGCAGUGGGGUUGAUGCAUAUGCAGCCCGCGUCGGCCUCAAUCACCAGAGCCGAGUGUUCCAGUUCGCCUCCUAUUCUUUCGUGAUCAGUAUCCUCGAUCAUAUAACUGGUCUGAUGAAAGGGGCCUGUCUGUGUGUAGCCUCAGAGAGGAAGAUUCAGGACAGUCUUCGCGAUGCAAUGCGUGAUUUCGAUAUUAAUUGGGUGGAAAUCACGCCCUCCGUGGCUCGCGUUCUAGACCCUGAAUCUAUACCCAGCCUGAAAACUUUAAUGCUAACUGGGGAGAGCAUGACUCGCUCUGACCUGGACAGAUGGCAUAGUAAAGUCACCCUCAGGACGUGUUACGGACAGAGUGAAAAUAGCUUAGGCACCUUGAUCGAUAACAAAAGCACAUCUUCAUCUCCCAUUGACCUCGGCUUACCAUUUGCUGCGGACUGUUGGAUUGUUGAUUCACGCGACCCGGACAGGCUAGUUCCCAUCGGUGCCGAAGGCGAGCUACUAAUAGGGGGUCCCUCCUUAGCCAGAUGCUAUCUCGGCAAUGAGGGACAAACUCGGGCCGCAUUCAUUCACAACCCCGCAUGGCUGCAGGAGGUUCGACCCGGUGAGAGCCGUCGCUUUCUCCGGACUGGAGAUAUUGUUCGUUACCGACCUGAGGAUGGCUCGAUCCAGUACAUUGGACGCAGUGGGACGCAGGUCAAGUUGCGAGGACAGCGAAUUGAACUUGCAGAAGUCGAAUUCCAGUUGAAAAGACAGUUCCCCGCCGCGGACGCUGUGGUCGCGGAAAUUAUCACACCCAGUCAAGAAAGAACACAUGAUGCUGUCUUGGCUGCCUUUAUAACGUCGACAAAUGACAGGGGACUUGGCAAUACAGCCGGCGACAGUCAUCUCUUUGCUCACCCAUCCGCCGAAUUCACACUCCAGAGUCAGAAAGCGUGGUCCCAGUUACACGAUAUCCUCCCCAAGUACAUGGUCCCGACGCAUUUUGUGCCUCUAAUGAUGCUGCCCCUGACUCCAUCUGGCAAACUCAAUCGCAGGCUGCUGCGCAAUAAAGCAGGCGAGCUAGGGAAUGAGCUACAGAAAUUCCAUCCUCUAUUCAAGAAAGAUCAUCGUCAACCGUGCACCGGCAAUGAGGCGGCUAUUCAGCGAAUUUGUGCCGAAAUUCUGUCGUCUGAACCCAAGGACAUCAACUUGAACAACAGCUUUUUUGAGAUCGGGGGAAAUUCUAUCACGACAAUUCAAUUGGUGGACCAGGCUCGCAAAGCCGGAUUUUCUUUUCGUUCGGAACAGGUCUUUCAGCAACUAUCUCUAGCCGCUUUAGCAGAGCACCGUGGGAUAAGUGUAGCCCGUGAUGAGGAAUUCGUAGAUAUGGAUGACCUUUCCUCAAGUGAUGCGCUUAAGGAAAAGCUCAUGCAGCAGAGUACUGCUACAAUUGACAUCCAGAAUAUCUCUGACGUCUACCCAUGCACACAGCCCCAAGAAUGGCUGUUUAAUACCCACGAAGGUGGGUGCUUUUUGCUUCGCUUCUCCGGGCCACUGGAUGCCGCUCAGCUCCAGGCUUCUUGUCAGCGACUUGUCGAAACGCACUCUACCCUCCGGUCACUCUUUGUGCACAUUGAUGGCGCACUUCACCAGGUGAUACUGAACCGGGUAGACGUUUCCAUUACUGUUCACACCACCGCUUCGGGUGAAAAUCCAAUGUCCGUUGCACGGGACAUGUGUAUCGUUGAUCAUAAGCGCGCCUUUAGUUUGGGCAUUCCACCCCUGCAAUUCACACUUGUCAGGGGCUCUGCCGAGCAGAAUGUGCUCAUCAUUCAGCUCUCCCACGCCCAAUAUGAUGGAAGCUGCCAAGAGAUAAUCGUUUCCGAUUUGUGCUGUCUCUAUCGAGGCCAAGGGGAUCUGGCCGUGCCCACGGAUUAUGGUCUGUAUGCACGACAGGUAGCUCUCCGGCAAACCCCAGCAGCAUUCAAGUUCUGGCGAGAAUCUCUCGCGGGCUCGGCUAUCACAAAGCUGCCGUACAACAAACAGCAGACCGGGUCCCCGAACCUUCAGUUGCAGUGUUCUGCUGAGGUUGCAGUCGGGCAGCCCCCUAGGGGGAUCACGAUGGCUACCGUUGUCAAGGCGGCAUGGACCAAGGUUCUCCAUGAUGUGACCCGGAGUGAUGAUAUUGUGUUUGCACAACUCGUGAGCACGCGUGGUAUGGAUGUGCCUGGGAUUAACCGAACCGUUGGGAUUUGUUUCAACCAAGUGCCAGUCCGUAUCCAAUACCAGAAAUGCACGACGGCCCUUGACCUCCUUCACGCUACUCAGAGGCAACAUAUACACGGCUUAGCCUUUCAUACUGCGGGAUGGAAUACCAUCGUGUCCGACAGCACCGACUGGCCAGCUGGAAGCCAACCGCAAAGUUUAGUUAUUCAUCAGAACUUCUCAACCAAGACGAAAUUCCACGCUGCUGAUGACCUCGACUGUGAGCUAAUGGACUAUAUUCCUAUUGAGCCUCCUCAUGACGCCCUCGAGCUUUGUUCAGUGCCCGAGAAUGACAGAUUGAAGCUUAGUUUGACAGGCCCAAGUCGUUUGGUUGGGGAAGCCGAACUACAGACGCUAUUGGAUAAGCUGUGUCUCACCUUGAAACAUUUCACUACAACCCCCGAGAGCGCUCUUGAGUGA